GUUGCUCAUCCAGGCUUGGCUACAAAUCAUUUGUCCUCUCCUUAGCAUUCGUUACUCAACCUCAGUCAUCAUUCUGCAUCGUUGUAUUCGCAGAAAAAAAUCGUGUGCAUUCGAUUUUCUUCUAUUAUAUUUCCAAUAGUGCGUGUGGGACGGUGAGCAGUUUUCAAUUAGAUUCACUGUUGUUCGAGUAAUUUCACUGUCAAUUUUGCUAGCGCCGCUAUAGUCCUUGUGAUAAUAUACCAUUCUCAGAAAGAAAAUUUGUUUCGGUCGUUGAGUGGAAGGACAAGGCGUGGUGAAGUGCUGGGAGUAAUCAAUUUUUUCUUCCCGGGAAAACUUGUAAAAACCAGCUUACAGUGUAAUUUACUGUAAAAUUUUUUGAUUCCAUCGGAGUUUUAUGAAAUAGAACAUUAAACGUGGCUUUUCGGUAUACACCAUAACACGAAAAAAGCAAGAAAACAGUCGGCUGUAGGGAUUUUAGGCCAAAGGAUAAAAGCAUUCAAACAUGAAUAAACUCGCCACAGAUACGCGUUUUCUCAUUUCACCCCGGAUACGAUACAGGGAGCAACCACUUUGACCGGUUCGAGUACGAUAAUCAACGCGCAGCGUUUAUAAAGACAUCCCUCUACAUACCUAAGGCACCCGCACUUACACGACAUAGAUAACUGGUUACGAGUUUGGCUACGUUUGGCAAUUUGAAGCUGUGGUUGAAAUAUCAUUUUACGGCUCAUCAUCAAUUAGACGGUGUUCUCGAGUGGCAUUUUCUUCUAAUUCUGCUAAGUGGAGUUUUAACGGAGAUAAAAUUGCUACAAAAGUGACGUAGAGUCGGCAGAUUUUACGCUCAGUAGUUUGGCACUCUACACGAAUUGAAUUUCUGUUCAGAAAGUCCACUGUCGUAGUUUUCAUCUUUCACUGCAAUUAUAGCUGAUUUGCGUUAAUUGAAAGUAAUCCAAAGAGCGUACAGUUGUGAACGUUGAUUUUCCAACCAACCCAACCUACCAAAAACGAUGGCUGUUUUUACAAAGCUCUGCUUACCCGAUAUUGUUAAAUUAAAACGCUAGUUAGUAAAGACUCUGCCCAUCCCUGUGUUUGAGGAGGUCAUUCAAAGAAUUUACUAAUAUUACGUUUUUAAGUACAAUAUCGUUUACGUUUUACUGUAUCUUGAAUAACUACAAGGUCUUUUUAUCAGAUCCACUUUUUUAUUUAAUUAUCGUGAAAAGUACACUCGUAACAAUUAAUAUAAAUAAUUAAUAAUUUUAAUAUUAUACAUUUACCAAGUACUAUUUGUUAUUGUAGUGCAUACUUCUAAGUACUUAGAUUUUUUCGUACAAUUUUCACUAGUACACAUUUUUGUGCGGUGCUUCAAAGUCGGAGUAAGCAAGUUGGAAUUAACGGUUCACAGUUAGCUACCGGUAAAGUACUUGAAUUCGGUUUGCAGAAACCAUCGAAUUAGAUUUUUGCGAAGCAAAACUAAUUGCUAGAUUUGUUGCAUUACUCGUUAAGUCUCCACUGAUCCUUUUUAUUACCUAAGUUCUGGAAACAAUCAAUCUCUCAGCUCUCGAAAGUCCUAUCAAAACUUUUAAAACAUAAGAAAAAUGGAGCCGUUCUCACCGGAAAUACUGUGGCUUGUUAUACUUGGAUUUGUCAUUGCGUUUAUUCUGGCGUUUGGUAUUGGAGCGAACGAUGUAGCGAACUCGUUCGGAACAAGCGUAGGUUCCGGAGUACUAUCAAUUCGUCAAGCAUGUUGGCUGGCGACCAUUUGCGAAGUGUCUGGAGCUGUUCUUAUUGGAUAUAAGGUGUCUGACACGAUGCGAAAAGGAAUUUUAGAUGUCGAAAUGUACAAAGACACAGAAGUUGAGCUCAUGCUAGGUUGUCUGUCCGCUCUGGCUAGCUCUGCCCUAUGGCUACUAGUGGCGACGUAUUUCAAACUUCCAAUAUCCGGAACACAUAGUAUCGUUGGAUCGACAAUUGGGUUUAGUCUGGUAGCUCGUGGAAUGCAAGGUCUCAAAUGGAGCACGCUAGGUACAAUCGUCGGGUCAUGGUUUAUUUCGCCUGUACUAAGCGGUGCGAUGAGCGUAAUGUUAUUUUGGCUAAUUCGCAAACUUAUUCUGAAUGCCAGAAAUCCCCUCAAGGCUGGUCUCUUGUCGUUACCAUUAUUUUAUGGUGUCACUCUGGCAGUGAACGCGUUUAGUAUAGUGCAUGAUGGUCCAAAGUUACUCUAUAUGGAUAAUAUACCAACUUGGAUAGCGUUAGCCAUAAGUGGUUCUUUGGGGUUAUUGGUAGCUGUGCUUGUCCAGUUGUUUGUUGUACCAUGGCAGAAAAAAAAGAUUUUGAAUCAAGACAAAGCGACAAGAACCGAAUUCACUGUUGGAGAUUCGGAUUGCGAUUCAUCAUCGAAUGGAAGCCCUCGUCGCGCAAAACGUCCUCUCUCAUUGGUAGGUGAUGGAAAGACUCUACCAGCUAUAACCGAAACAACUGAGCUGGUGUCAUUGUCCUCUCAGCACCAGCACAAUGGACUAAUCAAAAAGCUCUCGAUAGACCUCUCACCACAUGCAAUUAAAGGCAAACCUAAUCCAUAUAAAAUAGAUCCAAAAAUUGUGAAAAAAGCGGAAAACCUAUUGUCCGCUAACAAACGCAGUUUGGAUAACACCGAUCUGACCAUUACGAGUCUAAACUACAUAGACGAGUAUCAAUCAACGGUUAAUGGAAAUGGUCGCAUUGCCUUAAAUUCUUACUUCGAUCGCCGCAACAAUUCCAAUGUUUCACCAAAAUCUCCAGACUCAGUUACGCUUAGUAACGGAGUAAAAGAUCAAUCUGUUGCCGCCCAGCAUGAACAUUCACCCACAAGCCCGAAGAGUGACAGUACGCUGCCUAUUGCAGACUAUACAUUGGUACCACCUAACAGCAUACUAAACAGUACCGGGCACGAUUUGCGCGAGGAUAUUGGCAAAAUCGAAAACGCUGCGGGACUGGAUCAUUCGCUCAUAAGUACUACACUAUCACCCAACUCGAGCAAAGUACCGUUGAUUGGUGGAAAAGAAGGAUCGGAAGAACACAGACAUAACCCGAUUGAAGAGGAAAACGAAGACGUGUCUACUCUGUUCUCAUUUCUGCAAAUACUAACAGCGACGUUCGGAAGCUUUGCACAUGGUGGCAACGAUGUUAGUAAUGCGAUUGGUCCGCUAAUAGCUCUUUUUAUGAUUUACCGGGAAGGCUCGGUACUGCAAAAGUCUGAGACUCCCUUGGCUAUUCUGCUGUAUGGUGGCGUUGGUAUUUCCGUAGGUUUAUGGCUGUGGGGACGCCGUGUUAUUGAGACAAUUGGCAAUGAUCUCACCAAAAUCACCCCAUCAACUGGCUUCACCAUAGAGAUUGGUGCAGCAUUCACGGUAUUACUGGCUUCGAAAAUCGGCCUACCAAUCUCUACUACCCAUUGCAAAGUUGGCUCGGUAGUAUUUGUGGGACAGGCCAGUGCCCCAAGAAAACUCUCGCCGGACGAGGAACGGGCUUUAAAGCAGCGUAACCCUCUGGAACACCAUCAUCAUUACGCCACGGGUCAACAAAAGGCCGUCGAUUGGGGUUUAUUCAGAAACAUUGUCUACGCGUGGGUUGUUACUGUGCCAGUUGCCGCCUUACUUAGUGCCGGUUUCAUGUACGCUUUGUGCGCACUGGUACUAUGAAGCACAAGCAUUAGUUAAACUGAACGAGGAAGCGAUAAUCAAAUAACCAACCACGCAGAAGAGUACUGGCGAAUGUACAGUUUUUUGAACAAAAAAAAGUUUCAAUAAAAGAUUUUAUUUUCAUGUAAAGUUUUAACUAACAA